AUGGAGCAGGGUCUCGCCCUCCUGUUUCCCGUCUUCCUGGGGCUCCUCCAGCGAGCCCAGGGUGGGUCCUUGGAGAUGGAGCCUCCAGAUUCCGUGGUGGCCGUGUCCUUGGGCGGGUCGCAGCAGCUCACCUGCCGGCUGGCCUGCGCCGACCCCAGGAACCCCAUGGUGCAGUGGCGCGGCCUGGACACCAGUCUGGGCACCGUGCGGUCGGACGCGCGCAGCAGCGUCCUCUCGGUGCACAACGCCUCCCUGUCCGAGGCCGGCACCCGCGUGUGCGUGGGCUCCUGCGGGACCGACACCUUGCUGCGGACCGUGAAGCUCCUGGUGUUCGCAUUUCCAGACCAGCUGACUGUCUCCCCAGUAACCCUGGUGGCCAGGCGGGACCAAGAGGUGGCCUGCACCGCCCAUAACGUCACCCCUGCCAACCCUGAAGCCCUCUCCCUAUCCCUGCUCCUGGGGGACCAGGAACUGGAGGGGGUGCAGGCCCUGGACUGGGAUGUGGAGGAGGAGCCGCAGCAGGGCGAGGACCAGCUGCUCCGAGUAACACAGCGCUGGCUGCUGCCCCCCCUGGAGACCCCCACCCCACUCACCCUCCACUGCCGGGCAACCAUGAACCUGCCUGGCCUGAGACUGAGCCACCGGCGGGCCAUUCCAGUCCUGCACAGCCUGACCUCCCCGGAGCCCCCUGUCGAGACCUCUCCCAAGGCCACCCCAGAGCUGAGCUCCACUAGCAGCUCCAGGAGUCCUGGAUCCCCACCCAGGAACAGCAGCUCCGGGAGUCCUGGACCCCCACCAGGGAACAGCUCCAACCGGCCCUGCCGCCCAGAGAUCCUCCAGUCUCCAGCCGCAGGGGGUCUGGAGCUACUUUGUCAGGCACUCUGCGACCCCGGUGUGGCUGUGGGCUGGACCCAGGCCCCGGGGGGUCUGGAAGCCUACCAGAGGCGGGAGGCUGGGGCCCAGGCUUGGCUGAGCGUGCCCUGGGCCGGCUGCUGCUCUGAGGGCUGGUUUCAGUGUCGCCUGGACCCAGGGGGACAGAUGGCCAGCCUCUACCUGGUCCCAGAGAUCUGCUGCCAGACAACACCCCCAGCCCUGUGGACAGGCAGCUUGGUGCUGGGGCUGCUCUUCUUGGGAUUCCUUGCCCACCGGCUGCGGAAACGCUGCAGGCCUGCCCAGUGACCACCCAGUCCCCCAGUUGCUUGGGGCCCCCUGCCUCACCUAGACUGGGCUGGGGGGGACUGGCCGGGCCCCUCCUGAAGCGGCCUGCCUUUCCUGCCACACAGUUGCAGCCAGAGGACGACUGCAGGGUUCUGGACCUACGUGGUGGAGAGCUGACCAUAACCCCCUAACCCUGAUGGCCAGCC